AUGAUCAUCUCCAAAGGCGCCAUUGCCUCGGGCAUCCUGCUCGCAGGCAGCGCGACAGCUCAUCUACGGCUUCCCCCGUUCUUUGCGGCCAAGCAGCACGCUCUGGGCCCUUCUGCCAAAGCCCAACUUCAAAGCUUCGGACUCGGCGAGCAGCAGCCAUUGACCGGCUCAAACAUGGGAACGGCCUCUUCAUCAGACAAUGUCCCUGCCUUCAAGGCCGGCCAAUUCACUCUGACACCACAAGACGACUCUACAUGUGCCACGUACGGCGAAUCUCAAUGGACCGGCACCGUCGACGUGACGGACUCGCACCGCCUCUUCUUCUGGUUCUUCGACAGCCGCAACGACCCCGUCAACGACCCCGUCGUUGUCUGGAUGAACGGAGGGCCCGGCGGCAGCUCCAUGCUGGGCCUCUUCAACGAGCUGGGAGCGUGCUGGCUCGAGGCCGGCGCAAACACCACGGUCCCAAACGACUUUGCCUGGAACAACAACGCUUCGGUGCUCUUCCUGGACCAACCCGCCGGCGUCGGUUUGUCGUCCCGCUCCCGAGACUCUCCCAUCCAAGCAUACGACCUCGACGGCGCCUCCGACUUCCAGACCUUCCUCAACAUCUUCUUCGGCGAAAUCUUCCCCGACCGCGCCCGCCUGCCCAUCCACAUCGCCGCGGAGUCCUACGGCGGCCACUACGGCCCGACCUAUCUAAAUCAUAUCCUGGACUCGCGGAGGUUCAACUCUCGCGAUGCCUUCCGCGGCAACAUCACUUCGCUGAUCCUGGUCGACGCCGUCGUCGACUUUGCCGCCCCCGCGGUGGGCGUGUACGAGUUCCUGUGCAAAGGGUACGGCCACCACGGCAAGAUUAUGAACGACACGACGUGCGAGGCGCUGAGGCUGAGCGUGCCCAAGACGUUUGAGCUGGCGAGGAACUGCGACGCCAGCAGUGAUGGGUACGAGUGCUGGGGCAUGAUGACGUUUCUGGAAGAGGUUGUGCAUCCGUAUUACUAUGCCGAAGUCGAGGCAGGCAAGAGGAAUCCGUUCAACGGCGAGUCAAGCUUCUUCCAAGUGUCUGAAACCGUAAUUGUCUAA